AUGUCGACGACGACGCGCGCGUGGACGCCGCGCGCGACGCGGGCGCGGCGACGCGUCGAUGCGCGCGCGGGUCAGGGCGAUGUCCACGCGUCGGCGUCGCGGCGCGUCGCGCUGGUGACGACGCUGGUGACGAUCGCGAAUGCGCGCGGGACGGACGGGGCGCGCGCCGAGUACGGCGACGCGGUGUACAUGGACGCGCUCCAGGGAUCGGGGAAGGAUUACGGCAAGCGGGAGGUGCUGUAUCCGGAUUUCGAGCGCGCCGCGAGCGGGUUGCAGUACAAGGACAUGGUGCUCGGCGACGGCGAGACGUUUGAGGCGACGCGCGGGAAGACGGCGACGAUCGAUUGGGACGGAUACACGAUCGGGUACUACGGUCGACCGUUCGAGGCGAGGAAUAAGACCAAGGGGGGGGCGUUUACGGGUGAGACGAAGGAUUUCUUCAGGUUUAAGGCGAGCGAUGAGGACGUCAUCGGGGCGUUUCGCGAGGCGAUCGUCGGGAUGAAAGUCGGAGGUAUUCGACGAAUCAUCGUUCCAGCGAAUAACUCGGCUUUGGGGUAUCCCGAAGGGCGAAACUGGCGGAAAAAGAAGCCGCAGCCGAACAAUUUUAGCGGUGAGCGUGCGCUCGGUUUCGUGCUCGAAAAUCAAGGCAUGAUCGACAAGACGCUGCUAUUCGACAUAGAGUUGCUCAAGAUUACUUGA